AUGUCCACACCCGUGGAGCUGAUCAGCACUGUGGUGCUAUGCCGCUUUUUUCUCAAUCUUCGCCAGUUCUCCAGCCCAGACAUCAUUGACAGCGAUACAUCCUCCCACGCAAGCUCAUUCUCAAGCUUCGCAUCAAGGAUCAUCGGUAACCUGGGUGAGAUGCUCGAGGACUACCCUCAGGCUCCUGAGGACGACUUCGAAGGCGAGCUAGACGGGCUCAAUGAUGUGGAAGAUGUCGAUGGGGCAGUUGAUCUCGAUGGCAGUGCAGUACCUUCCUCGUAUGCCGACAAAGCUCAGACUCAAAUGGCCACUAUAGCAGUUCUUGAGCAGGAGACUUACGAGGGAGGUGCUUCCAAUCACGAGUUUCCUGAGGCUCCAGACGAGGGGUUCUCCCAGAGCGUGAUAGACAUUGUCUAG